UUCUUUUAAAAAACGGUGUCUCGUUCGAUCUAUCUUUAAACGUGUAAAAUUCGCCUGUACCAAAACAAAGAAGAAGAAGAAAAUAAUGGAAAAACGAAAAGUUUUUAUUGAACGGUACAGUUGUAGGGUAAUAUUUUAUGCAUUUAUUAUUUUAACGAAGCGAUCUUUCGUGAUGUGCAUUUCUCGUAUACGCUUGUUCGCGAUAAUAUUUUUUCAUUUAUAUUAUAGUUCCUAUAUUGUAUAUACAGACGCAAACGUUUCGAUUUGUUGAAGCUUUCUCAGAGGCCGCAACGUUAAGUUCAAUAAAGCUUUUCGAAUAACUUAACCCCGUUGAUCGCGUAUCGUUUUAUAGUAAUCGUAGUUAUUCCGCUUCCAUUUUCUUUCCACGCGACGACGACGUUGUACGUGUCGUCCUCGGUGUAAAGACAAUCAGACAUUUUUCAAAAUAAGAUGCGCUUUUGAAGAAAGCCUUGGCCGUUAACCGAGCAAUAUAAAUUUCAUUCAUUUUUAGUAUUUUACAGUUGUGUUAAGUCACAGUGUGACUAUCAAUCAUGGUUACAUUAUACGUUCAAUACCAAAGAUAAAUUAUAUUUUAUGAAUUAACCCUUUCAUGACUACAAACUGCAUAGAUCGUGGACUAAGGACCCAAUAUGUUUAUCUGGGUGAAAUAUGUAUACGUAUAGUGAUUUACUGUUUAAUUGGUUAAUUGUAAUAAUAAUUUUUUUAAGCAUUUAGUCCGCAGCGUCUGCAUACCACGAAUUGUAUUUAAGGUUGAGAGGGUUAAAGGGCCAAGAUAUACGCCACCGUUAACUUAACACUUAAACGUUGCCCCGUAACUUGUACAUUUCCCAAUGCAUUAGUAACAUAACAAUAAAUUCUUUAUUCCACGCAGGCUUUUUUUCAUAAUUCAUUGACACUAUGAUCGAGAGAAAAGGUAGGUGAAUAAAUUCCGACUUUUGGGUACAGUGGAACGAGAUAUCAAAAGGAAGAAUCUAUUGUCUAAAGUUGAUUGAUUAAAAUUUCAGGAUUCCUGAUGUCUUAUAAGCUCUGAAAAGUCUUGCAGUAUUAGCGGGAAAAUGAGUAUUUAAAUUACGAAAUAAAUCGAUGGUUUGAGCUAGACUAAGACUGUAAUAUACGUUAAAGGAUAGUAGGUGCCAAGAGCUUAAUCAAAAAGUAUGCAUCAAGUGGGAGAAGCCUUCCCCUUAUGCCAUUCCCCUCCAAUGGGACUCGCUUAAGCAAACCAUAGCCUGCGAAGAAUAAAACUGAUACGUUUGAUAUUACAGUAUUAUAAACACCAUUGAAUUGUGCUCUAUUCUCUGUUAGUACGCACCUUUCGUGCGUAAGUUUUUCACAAACAAAAAAGAGAUUCACAUUCUUUCAAGAGAAACUUAAUUUUCGUGUACGAAGUACAUAUUUGAUUUAAUGUGAUUAUAAGUUGCGUGAAUGCUUGUUGAAUAAUACGUUUAUUGAUCCUAAUUAGUAAUAAUAAUACACGAAAGCUGUGAGCAUUUCGUUGCCAAAUGUUGCUAAACCACCCUAAACACUGUGUACCCAACAAUGUGAGGGAGUACUAUUGCGAUUUGUCAAAGAACCGAUAACCUAACAGUUAUUUGAAGCAUUGGGAAUAGUUUCACAUAACAUUUUAUAGAUGAAAUCAUAAGAGAUUCUAACGUUUAAUAAUUUCGUUUAAUGACAUUGCUAUCGUAAAGAAUUAGUGCCCGCAUUAUGGUGUAAUCAAGUGUAACAUCACGAUUCGUAAUUAUGUCGCAUUGUUGCACGACAACAAGAAAAAAAUAUUCAUUGUGAUUUACAAAUUAUCUGAAUUUUAUAUUUUUAUAUGGUGAAAAUGGCCCAUGCUCCAUUACCAAAGCUUAUCUGUGAACCAGUAAAUACACUUAAGAUGUGCCCCACGGAUUUUACUACGUCAACCGCUUUGUCCGAUGUAUUAAAAUCGGAUCCAGUGAAACGGCUGUUUAAUCAACCAAAUAUUGUUAUUAAGACGUUUCCUUUACAAAUAAAUACAACCUUUACCUCAGAUGAUAAUGUUGUCACAAACAAACUAAAUAAUUUAAAUACGAAUUUAAAUGAAUCAAACCAACCAGAAUUAUCUGUAAUUCCUUUACAGAUGGAUCAAGAAUCUGGUAAAGAAGAUGAGAAUCUCUUGCCUUCUAAAAGACAAGGUAAAUCAGAAGUUACAUUAGUACCUAUUAAAAGGGAAGAAAAACCUUGUGGUCACUACGAACCUUGUGAGAAUAUUGUUUGUGACGUGGCUGUACAACAGUAUGUGGAUCAUGAAGGAGUAUCGCCUAUGUUAGCUAUUAACAUAGAGGAAGAUGAAAUAAAUGCGCCUGUUUCAAAACAUUGCUCAAACGAGAAGUGUGAUGCAUUGAGCAUUGAUCAUGAUCGUUGUCGCAGAGCUGUAGUGAGACUGAAUAGGUGUAAUGAAAUAAUGGCAUGUGACAUUUGUGGUAUUCCUUUAACGACGCAGAGAUCUCGCAUAUCCCAUAAAAGUUGUGUAAGGAGAAAUGAGUAUAGGCAUAAUGAAACUGACGGUGCUCAAAUACUAAAAGAAAAAAUGCGUGAAAGAGAAAUUCAAAUGAUAGAAGAUUCUAAAACGAAAAAGAACAAAUAUGUGGAUCCUAUUACAGGAAAUAACCUUGCAAUGGAAGCACUAAAGAAUAAUGAGGAAUUAAUUGUAAUUCCACAAUCUGUUCCUGCCCAGCAACCAGAAAUUUCUAUAAGUCUUGUACCUACAACUCAAUCUACUCUAGAUACUGAUUCUGUAAAUAAUGUCCUAGGCAAAUGUUUACCUAAUAUACCAAUUGUAUUACAACAGCAAGGUAUAUUCUUUGGUAAAACACAGUGCUCUAAUGAAAAUAGUGCAACUACUCCAAUACAGGUAGCUUUGCCUAAUACUUUGAACAUACCACUUGUAACAACAACUGGUGCAGUUCCUUUAUCUCAGAAUCAAUAUAUUACAUUUGCAACGCAAAGUAAUAUACAACCAAUAGCAAUAAAUGAUUUGCUGUUGUCACAAUCACAAAUUAUGACAACACCAAUUCAACCUAAACCAUUGCUAACUCCUAUACGCGUUGUACCUAUAACUAAUUUAAUAACACAACCAUCAUUGUUGCAUCAAACACAAGGUAUACCAAAGUUUUGCAUCAUGGCAGAUAAUACGGUACCACCUCCGAAACCACCUUCACCACCACCACCACCACCGCCACCACCACCACCAACUGUAACAAGCCCACAGCCUAUUCAGCUCUCGCUAUCUGUGCCAAGCAUUGAUAUUUCAGAUGACAAUGAAAUAAAACCGCAAACAAGGAAGAAAAUAAUAAGAAAAAAGCACCAACAUAAAAACAAGAAUUUCAAAUGCAAUUAUUGUCUUAAAAGUUUUAGCACAGAUUGGUAUUUCAAAGUGCAUGUUGCUAAGCAUACAGGUGAGAAACAAUAUCCUUGUAAAAUAUGUACAAUGUCCUUUAUUAAUCGUUCUGAUAUGAAAGACCAUUUACUAAAAGAACAUAAAAUUGGGAAUACUCCGGAAAUGCAUAACCAGCAUCAUAUUAAAGGCCAUAAGUGCCAAGACUGUAAUAUCAUAUAUGUAAAUAUUGAUCACUUAAAGCAUCAUAAGGAAAAAUGUCAUAGAAAAACAGAAUGCACAUUUUGCCAUAAUGAAAUUUUGAUAGACGAUUUAGAUAGGCAUAUAGAAUUAAUGCACAAACAUAUAAAGAAGGAAAAUACAGUGGAAGAAAAUGGUAAUAAUGAUAACAGUUCUGGUAAAAGAGCUAAACUAAAAGUUCCUUCAAAUACCGCAAAAGAUGAUAAUAAAACAAAUGGAUAUUGUUAGGUACAUCAAAACUAUAUUGUAUUGUGAAACAUUCCAAUUUAGCCACUCAUUACAGUUGAAACAAACAAAAAAAGAGAAAAGAAUCAAAUUACAUAGAUCGAAAGUAUUUCUGUUGUAAAUAUUAAAUGAUUUAAUUAUAUUUUCAAAAAGAUGUUUAAACAUUAUAGCUAAUUAAGUGUUAAUUUUAUUUUAGUAUCAAAUUUUAUGUUAAACUCUUAAUACAAAAAUAAAAAGUAGGGAAAAGUAAAGAUGUUUCACAAAGUUCAAAAGAAAAUCAAUAUUUUUGAGGUAAAUAACACAGUAUAAAAAAUUAUGAACGGAACAAGUUAAAGUUAGGAAAAAUUAUGCUGUACGAAAAAUUUCAAACUGUGAUAUGUGGCCAUCUUUCCACUACAACAAUUCUGUUUUCAUAUAAUGUAAAAAUUCACCUUCUUAAUUACAUAUUCAAUGUAAUUAAUACAUACUAACAACCAUUUAAAUAUAACAUAUUUAUUUAUGUAUACAAGUAAAUAAUAGUACAUAUCUUGAAAUGCACAGGAAAAAAUUGUAAUAAAAGGCAUAUUCAUAUUUUAAGAUCAAGAAAUUUGUUAUUGAUAUUUAGAGUAUUUUGUAUGGAAAGAGGGUUUAAAUGCCAUUUUUUAAAUGUAAAUAUAUAUUAGUGACAUUGUGUUCCUUUUUUCUAGCUGAGUAUUCAUUCACAUAAAUUAAAAUUUUUUAAAAUCUUUACUAAUAUAAAUCGUGUAAUCAUGUGAAGAUGUUAAUAUUGCUAAAAAAUUCUUUUGGACAUUUUAAUCUUUAUGUUAUAGCCUUAAAUUGAAAUAUUUUAUUAGAUUUAGAAUUAUUUUACUAUAUGGUAGAACAAUGCCUAUUCCUAUAAGUAUUUGACUGUUCAAAAUAACGGUAAACCUGUAAAUACUUUUAUAUUAUUACUAUUGGAUAAAUCAAGUACUUAGAGUAUUAGAAUUGUACUAAAUACAUUAAUAGUAUGAAGAAAAGUUUGUAAUUGUACAUGGGUUAAAUACAUUGAAACUAAAAUAUUACUGAAUGUUAACAAAAGAGUAAAACAGAUAAAAACAGUACUUUCUGCAAAUACAAAGAGUUCCUUUUUGAUGAAGGAAACUAGGUGAAAUAUUGUGUGCCUUCUAAAUUUUAAUGUUCCUUAUAUAAAUACAUUUUUCCAUCACUUGGUGAAAAAAUAAAUGUUAAUUAUAAAAUGAAAUCGAUUCCAUCAAUUCGUUUUGCCAUCUUUAUUGACAAUAAAAAUUCACUUCUAAUGCAAUUAUGCAUUAAAUGAAUUAUUGAUGAAGACUAUGUAUGUGUGUAUUUAAUACUUGUAACAUUAUAUGUUAUAAUACAAUUGAAAUUGAAAUAUUUUUUUAUAAUGAUAAAAAUCAACAUGUUCAUUGCAAUAUGAAAAGUUUAAUCUUUCAAUUACAUAGUUUACAAACUAUUUUUGAAAUAAUCAAUGUUAUGAAAGUACUAACUUAAACAUAUUCUGGAAGAAACAUUUGAAAAUAAUUACUUAUUAAUGUAUUUAUAUAAAAGGUUAUAGAAAUAAAUUACUGUUUAAUAUCAAAAUCAUUUAUUUAAAAUAGUUCAAUUCAUAUCCUGUCUAAAGCUUCUAACAUUAUCACGCUGUUCCCGCGAAUUACCUAGAACAACAACGCAACAUAAAAAUUUGUUUGCUUUUAAAUUGUAUUAUUAACAUCAAUUGAAUAUUUCAUAAUAUAACUUACCACCAUUCCAAUAUUGUUUUUAGUACCAUCUUUACACUCUUCAAUACUUUCGUCUAUAACCAUAUUCAUAAAUGGAUCAAAACCACGUAAAAUUCCAAUAACAUGUCUACCGCCAUUUAAUUUUACUGCAAACAUAAUACACUAUUUUUAAUACAGGUAAUUUAUAACAAUACAGUUAUAUACAUUGAUGUUUUUUAUCGCAUGAAUAGUCUCCUAACCAAUAAGGUUUAACCUAUAUCAAAAUUUAUUUAAAUGUUUGAAUAAUUUCAAGCGUUCUUUACUUACACGAUAAUCUCUUGUCCAUAUACCUAAAACAGAAGAAAAGAACUUUCUAUCAGUUGCUUACAAACACGUUACAUUUAUUUAUUUACAUUUAUAUUAUUAUUUAUAUCAUCUCUAUAUGGAGUAACGUAAAUGCAAUGUAACAUACGUUAUAACAUAUUGCAAAUUAAACCAUUUUUUAUACUUACUUUUUAAGUUCUGGAGGAUGUGCUUUACUCAUUUUUACAGUAUUUUUGUUUUUAAGGAAGAAGAAAGGUUAUCAGAAACUUUUUUCCCGACUUUUAAAAUCUGAACGACGCUAUAGUGCGAUUUCAGGUAUGCCAAACAUUAAAUUUGUAAGUACUACCAACUUUGUUCCAAACUGCUGAAGACUUCAAGGAAGUUAGUGAAUUCAAAGUUCUAAAGAAGCGUCGAACAAUACAUUGGAGGAUUUAAAUAAAUCAUAUACAUUGGCAGACACUGUAGAACGGAAGCAGGAAUCAUCGAUAUAAGUUUGAAAGCAAUCGAACAACAUUCUCGUGGAAAAGUUCUUCGAAAAAUUUGCCCGCGCGGAAGAUCCUAAAACCAGUCUGGUGAAAGCGUCAAAAUUCUUAUAUCCUAUGUACUGCAUAGAUUGAAGUGCACAGUAUGUUAGUAGCUGGAGGUUCAUCAAUUUAUGAAAUACCCAGAAAUUUAACGGAACGGAUACAUGGAAGAAAGAAUCGCAGCGUAUGUAGUUAAUGCUUUGAUCGAACUGAUAUCAGGAAAACGUGGCUCAAGAGAAUCGAGUGUAUGUCACAUAACGAACAGCAAAACCUUUUGUAAGCACGAGAACUUGAAAAAUAUUGCCACCUUUCGGCGCCAUUCUCAAUCAGGAUUCGUGCAUACUUUUAUCCGCUAUCGUUAAAGAUGCAACAUUGUAAGAUGGAACGGAUUCGAAAACAGUCAUAGGCAAUGAUUGAGAGUGUAAGACUCGGAGAAUCGGUGAAUCCUUAAAACGAAGUAAAAAAGACGGUAUAAUAGAAAUUUGAAAGAAAACGAACGAACGCAAUCCAUCGUAAUUUAUGGUACGGUAUUUUACAACGUUCAUGGACGCAUUACUAUAAGAACAUCGAAAAAUCUGAAUGCACCAGUGGCGUAACCAGAGGCAGUGAGGGAUCUAAUAUGUAAUAAGGACUUUUAAGUAGCAGCAAGCUUUUGUAGAAGGCUUGCAACGAGUGUACAAUUUAUCACAUGUAUAUGAACGAUCUCGAGUACCUUCCAACGUGUUUUCAUAAGCAUCGAGUUCACUCGCUCUAGUGGUUACGCUAAUGGAAUGUACUCGCAAAUUUAGUCCAAUUGGAUCGGAUUAAGAUACUAUCGUGGAUCAAGUGCUUCGAAUGAAUUGCGUCAGAGAUUGCCAACUUUUUUUCUUAGAGCGUCAAAAAUAAUACGCUUAUAUAUCUAGAAAACAGAGCAGCGAUAAAAAAAAGGAAGAAACGAGACGACAAUAUUUUGUUUCGCAUGUGAUUCUUAUUAAUCUUUUGCAGUGAAAUUCUAUUAAAAUCGAAUCGCAAAAGGUUAAAUCGAAUCCGCUUUUUUGGCAGCAAUCGUAGCGCAAUUCUCUUCUACUUGGAUGUCACGAUUUCUAACAGUAAAGAUCGACGAAGCGAGGUAUGUACCACGGUAAUAUCACAUCGAACGAUCUUCUAUUGAAAACGCUUCUCCCGUGUGGAAUCUUUGCUCGUAUGAUCUUAAAAAUCGUUGCAAGACCACAAGUCAUUGCGGGAAAAACUGGUUCGAAAAAACGCAUCACAGGAACAUCGAGACAUUGAAAAAAUAACAUACGAUAAUUGCUCGCGUGAUUGUAUCGACAGAUACGCUUCGUUACAUCACGUGACUACUAACGCGUUCACGUUUAAAACGGCAUCAACCUGUUGCUUCUCCUACUGACAAUGAUAUUUCGUUAACGCUUUCAAAAACAUGAAACGUUUCACGAUAAGACUUAAAACAUCCCUUAUUUCAUAUUUUAGGACGUAUUUGAAUCAUUGAAUCGCUAAUAGUGUAACGAAUUUCGCGUAAAUAUACCCGAAUCAAGCGGGAUCAUUUUGCGGAUGCGCGCGCAGGUUUCGUGGAUGCGCGCGCAAUAUCAUUCACCGCGCGCAGUCGACUUCGGUCCGCUGUAGGGGAAGGAUGUAUUAUCGUUCGUCGCGCGAACUAACCUCGUUAUCAUAAGUGUUUAUGUUCGUUCGCAUAAAUUCAUCAAACCGUUUUAUAAUACGCAACACGAACACGUGUAGACAUAUUCAGAGAUCAGUUUACCAAUAAUUAUUGUGAUUAUUCGGCCAAUUGUAAUUGAUAGGUUAGAAUCGACGAUCGAUCAUUCGAUUACCGGUAUACUUCGAAAUUGACGCGGCGAGAUCUGCGCGGACAACGAUCAUU